AUGGCAUCAAACAGAGGUAUUAUUGAUGGUGGUAAUUGUGAAGAAGGGAUAGGAGUUGAAAGAGAAUUUGCCCAGGGAGAAGGGCUAUUAAACAUAUCCUCAAGUGAAGUAUAUGCCUCAUUAUGUGGUGUCCCUGUGCUUACAACCUGUUCCUUUUGUGAGGAAGCAGGAGGAGUUAAGGCUUUGGGUGGAGAUCUGAACAACUGUUGUGGGGAAGUAGCAACAGUGACAAAAUUUGAUAUUCCUGAAGUUGCUAAAGGCUGGAUAUUGCAAUCAUUUGGGCGGAAGGUGAAGAACUGGAGGGCAAGAAUUAAGGAACUAUACCAUGAUCCGUCUUUGUCACUGAAGGAACAAAUAAGUUCUAGGCCAAAACAAGUGCAAAAAAAACAAUGGAAGAAACUUGUGAAGUAUUGGAAUAAAGAAAAGUCUAAGCUCGUAAGUGAAAAAACCAAGGCGAAUCGGGCAAAGAAGAAGAUGGUUCAAGUAACGGGUAAAAAAAGUUAUGCUCGAGUCCGCGAAGAGCUAAAGGCAUCUAAGGGACAAGAUCCAAGUCGAUUGGAAAUGUUUCGUGCAUGUUUCUCCAAAGAUGGAACUACCAAAAAUUUGGAAGCUUCAAAUGCAAUUGCACAGAUGCAACAACAUAGUUCUAAUCUUCCCGAGGGCUCGAUCGAUAAGCCUGGACCAGAUGAUGUUUUUUCUAAAGUAAUGGGUAAUGAUCGAAAUGGUGAUGCGGUUAUGUAUGGUCUGGGUGUUCGUGCUGCUGAUGUUUGGGGUGUAAUACCAAGUCGUUCAGCAUGUCAUAGAGAAAACAUCCAAUUGAAGUCUCAAUGUGAAGAACUUACUAGUACUGUGGUCCAGUUACGAGCCCAAGUAUCAGAGAUGUAA